AUGCGUGCGAUCGCCAUCCUUCUCGCUGUUGUGGCCACUAUUUUUGCUAGCUUGCACGGUGUAUCGGCUAUUAUCGCUGUAAAUGCUGAGCCUGCUUCAAGCAUCGACUCUGCAAGUACACACCUCAAUUUUCAACGCCGUUUGAGACAAACGGGUGAUGCAUCGGAUGAAGAGCGUGGUAAUACCUGGUUCUCGGCGAAGAUAGCCAAACUCAUCGAACAGCGCAAGAUCAACGCCAUGAUGACAAAGCUGACCAAGGGUAAAUCGAAGGAUGAGGUAUCUAAGGUCAAGCAGGCAUUCCAGGACAAUGUGCUGGACGAACUCAAGGCAUUGGUCGAGAAAGGAUUCGCCCCAGAUUCCUUUAAAACUGCCCUCGAAAAGCUGAGACCCGGUAACAAAGGAGGCGAGGAUCUGGUAGCGUACUUCACAGCGUACUGGGAUACUUUCCACAAGGCAAAAAAAUUGUCUGGUGUGCGUAAGCAGAAGAAGCGAGUACCGCACGCAGCAGAUGUAUAA